GAUUUUUGAGUCUUUCGCGCGAGGCGCGCGCAGCGUCGUGCUGGAGUCAGGUGGCUAUGGAGUUUGUCUAGGUAGAUUACGAACCUUGAUUCACAGAGAGAGAGUGUGGUGCCAUGGAGUGAGCGUGGGAUCCUUUGCGCCCGGUUUCUGACCCCUGACCAGCCUGUCUGCUUUAACUCGUUUUUGUGCUCCCCGGGGAAUCGUUUUUUUUUUUUUGUGUAUUAAAUCAGAUUGUGGUCGUUUCAGUGGAGUUGUUAGCGGCGUCGUGGAGAGCCGCCGGCUUAUCGUGGAAGUUUCAUUUUUUUUCUUUUUUCUUUUUUCUUUUGCAAUUUGGAUGCGAUGAUCGCUGAAUUUUAUUUUGAUAUUCUGUCUCUACAGAGAUGCUUCUAGGUUCUACUGUUUUCGAGUAGCAAUGCAAGUGCGACGUCGUGAUAUUCUUUUGCGGCGGUUCUUGAUGUUAAAUAAAUUAUGGUUUGCACCGGUAUGCAACCGGCGGUUGUCGGUAGGGUAUUUGCUGUCCUCUUCUUGAGAAUGUCACAGCAGAUGCAUAAUUCGGUUUGAUUUGGACGCUCAUCCUUCACUUCAUUUGACCUUGACCUAGGGAAUCGUAAGAGCGAAGGCGUGAGUUCUCUGUAUGAUUUCUGUAAGGUUUUUAUUGAUAGUUGUCUGAUUGAAGAAACCGUUUGAUAAAAUCAGUUGCAAUUUUAACUUCAUGACUUAAUGCAUUUUUGUAUUUUUGUAUUUUUUUUGUUUCUCCCCCUCCUGCCCCUACUGGAGUUAGUCAUGGCUAUUGUUAGCGUCGUCUCAAAAAACUGAGCUGCAACAUUCCCCGCAACUGUGCCAAAAUGACGUGCAUGUGCAGCCUAUUCCUGCUGGCUAUUGUUGCACUGACGUGCAAAAUGUGUCAAGGAAAAUUAGAGAGUAAUCCUACAUAUACGAGAGCGAAUAUUACAAUGCCCGACUACCAGAUCUACCAUCGGAUGGAUGAGCUGUUAGGCGAAGUCGACGCAUUGGUGGACCGCCAUCCUGGCAUUAUGCGUCGGGAUAUGAUGGAAGCCACAGUAGACGGGUACUCUACAAAAAUGUCCGUGGUAUCAGUAUCACCGGGAGGAUUCGAUGGCAAAUUAGAUGAAAAGCUGCGAAUCUUGCUAAAUUUUGGUGAACACGCUCGCGAGCUAGUAACAUCUGAAUUGGCAUUGAGGUUGUUGAGCAUGCUGGGAGGUGAACACAACUUGACGGUGGACAACCGGACACGACUUGCGCAUAUUCUACCUCAUACGGUGAUGAAGAUUAUACCAAUGGAGAACGUUAAUGGGCGGGUGAAAGUGGAGGCAGGGGACCUGUGUGAGAGGAAGAAUGGCAGAGGAGUGGACACAAACCGGAACUGGAAAGUGGACUGGGGAAAGAAAGAAAAGGAUUAUAACCCAAAUGAAGAGUAUCCAGGUACUGCACCAUUUAGCGAGCCCGAAACACGGAUUUUGCAUCAGCUUGUCAAGGAAUUUGCUCCUCAGGUGUGGGUGAACGUACAUUCAGGCAUGGAAGCUUUAUUCAUGCCUUACGACCACAAGAAAAUGGUUCCUAACGACAGUGGAGGAGUUGCAGUGAGGAAUUUGCUUCAGGUACUCAAUGAACAACAUUGUCAAGGGCGCUGUGCGGUUGGAUCAGGUGGCGCCUUCGUUGGGUAUCUCUCGCACGGCACUGCCACAGACUACAUUUAUGACGUCGCGAAAGUACCGAUUGCACUUACAUUGGAGAUUUUUGGAGAUGAAAAGACUCCAGAUGAAGACUGUUUUCGCAUGUUUAAUCCUGUAUCCUACAAUCAACUGGAGGAGGUGCUUGCAAAGUGGUCAACUAUUUUUUUCGCACUUCUAGUGAAUCUCCCAAAAACUCUUUCGAGCAUGCCCAGUACAAUUGCAGCUACUUCAUGGGAUAUAUCUGAAUCCAGUAGUUUAAGGCCUUUGAAGCAAUUCGAAUAUCUCUACAACGGGAGCGGAGAGCUGAAGAAGCUUGGGCGAGUUUGGCAUGGGAUGGAUACCGUGUCGGAGGGCUUGAGAACACCUGAUACCGAAGCCUCCUUGCAAUAUUACCUGUUGUUUUGUCUGAUGCUGCUUAUCAUGAGCUGGUUUCGGUGCAGUAGACGUUACAAACGGUUGUUCUUCUACAUUCGUUCAGUCUCGCGUAGGUAAAUAUGACCGUCAGGUGUUCAUCGAAUCUGUGCCAUCUACCAUGAGCAGUCUGCAUGUGUCCGCAAGUGUUCUGUCAGAUACCUUCCUGCCUGAAAUCAUUUAGUUAUGAGAAGUUGUAAGAGGGUAUCUUCGUGAUUGAACAAUGUAUUGAAUCAUGCUGCAGGAGUUGUAGCAAAGGAGUCCGUUGUCUAGGACCAUGAUAUCUGGCGACAGAGGCCCGGCCAUAGUGUUGAGGGCAGUAGUUGCUCAGUGGUUUUGGCUGGUGAGAACCUAUAGCGAUGACUUAUUUUCCACAUGAACUUGGUAUCUAGUUUUAUGUGGAUUCAAUAGUGAGGUAGCAUAUUUUCUUUGAGGGACUUGAAAAUACAGAGCCGUGAGGUUUGGAAUAAAUAUGCUUACUGAGCAGAAUACUCAAUCUGUCUGGGCUGCUCACUUUCUACUGAUUAGCACUUUUUCCAUGUGAAAUUUGUUUAAUUACAAAA